GAGACGUGACUCAUGUCUCCAUUCGGACUACACAUUGGGUCUGAGCAUGCAUUUGCUUUCGAACCACAUUCGAAUCUUGGUCGAUUCAAUUGCAACGUUAUUGGGCCGUACAUGGGCCGAGCCGGUCGGAGACGAUCGAUGACUUUUUGAUCUAAGUAUCUCCGCUCCAAUCGUCUUCCCGCUCAUGUUUGAUUGUCCACUUUCUCCAUCGCCGCUUCCCGUACGAAGUCUUAGGCGCUUAGGAAUUUUGAUUUCGGGGGGUGGAUGGAGUCGCUCAACACCAAACUGUACGAAAAAUACAAGAAAUUGAAGAAAAGGAAGUUCUUUGAGGAGGAGGGGUGGAACGAUACAAAAGAUGCUGAUCUGAGGAGUUAUCAAUCUGCUGUGGAGGACCUGAUUGAAGAAUUGAAGAAUACGAAUGAGCGGCUUCGUGCGAAAUUGUAUUCCAUUCAGGAGCAGUCUGCUGAAUGCGAGAAGUUACUGCUUGAAGAGAGCAAGAAAUCAACCAAGGAGCUCUCAGAUGAAGUUGGAAGACUUCAGAAUCGUUUAGCGGAGCAGAAUGACAUAAAUGACAAUUCAUUGUUGACAUCUCCUUGUCCAAUACCUGGAAUUAGUUUCACAGAGAUGCCUAAAAGUUCAUCAGCACAGAAAACACCAUACUUAUGUGAGGAAAAUGGGACUCAAAAUCAAGAAGUAGUUUUCCUCACUGAUGAUAGCUAUAAAGUGGAGAACAAGGUGCCAGACUGCUGCAGAAAACACUUGGCCGGUUCAAGUGAUGCUUCAGAAGAUUUUAGCAAUUGUGUAUUCCAGACUCUUACAAAUUUUUUAGUCGGAAUGGAUUUCUCCGUCGAUAACCAAGCUGAAAGUCUUCGCCUUUUGGUUGUUCACAAAAGGAGUGGCUACAGGUUUAGCUUAACAUGGAUACAACAUGAAGGUGGAGAAGGCGAGUUGAUGUAUCAUGUUUCUUCGCUAGGGACACUAGAAAGGGUAGCUGUGGACUGGAUGAAGGAGGACAUGAUGUUCAGCACAGCCAUGUGUCAUGUUUUCUUCGAGAGGGUAUCGCGAGUCGUCGGACGCUGUUGAUUGGAUACCGUCGAGCCUUGCAUCGGUAAAGAAAGCUUGUGUUCUAGCCACAUUCCCGGUCUGAUACGGUUCCAAUCCAAGACACCACCGUGGUUCAAAACUGGUGAAGGCUCAACAGGUUCUGUAUCAGUGACCUCUUCAGCAACUCCACAAGACAGCUUGUCUUGUGAGAAUGUACUGUUAAACGUGUUCAUCCAUAUUUUUCUUGGCUUUGUGAUCGUAUUUAUUAAUUAUCCCUCUUCUGCUGUUGCU